AUGGCUUUCGCCGGGAAAUACUUCAAACUCAAACGAAAUGACGAACCUCAAGAGGGCCAAGACGUCGACCUAGAAGAUAAUGCAUCGGACACAACAAAGAUCUCUUCGAAUGCUGACGUCUUCGACAAGACGGCUUUUCUGUCUUUACGAGACGACGCAGACGAAUCAGCAUCUUCCUUCGCGCAUCGACUGAUAGAAAGAGCCAAGAUGUCCUCCAACUUCUGGACGUGGCUACGAUGGGGGGUAGUUGUCGGCUUACAGACGAUCAUCAUCCUGUUGCUCUGUCUGAAGCAAGGUGGUAGCACGAACUUAGGCAACGAUCUUCAGGGAAUAGGUCCAGGAGGCCAGUUUGUCGAGACGGGUGGUGACAUUAAUGGCCUGUACAAGACACUUUCGCAUACGUACACAUAUCUCAAGCCUGAAGAGGAUAAAUUCAUCCCGAACAUGACGUCGAACGAGAAUCGAAUGGAGAUCCGGAGAAAUUGGGAUAUGUUGAUGCCACUGGGAAGCGGAAGUGUUCUUAUCCCCGACUACAAAGAUCAUCCAUUACUUGGCAAUCCCAUCACCGACGACCCCAUUCGUUCCGGCCCGUUAUUCGAGGCAUCAUGGACGCAUGCGCUGCACUGCUUAUACUACAGCGUGGAUAGCUAUCACCAGUUGAUACUGAAUGGGCCUAGUGAAGAAGACAACCCGAGGCAUGCAGCCCAUUGUUUUGAGUAUCUUCGAAACAGCAUCCUAUGCAAUCUCGACAUGACUUUAGAAGGGUCCAUGUCAACGCCGGACGAUAAGGAGAGAGGGCAGCCUCAUGUUUGCCGCAAUCGGGAAGAGGCCAUCUCCUGGAUUGAAGCCCGAAGGAUGGAUGAUGCGCAGGACAUUGUUGGUCCAUAG